CGUUGCUGUGUCUUAAUUUAUCACUUGACACAGAUUAUGGGUGUGUGUUCCGGUGAAGCCCAAUCAUCGUUCUAGGUGUAGUUAGCUGUAUUCAAAGCCUCCUUCCUCAUUCGAUCUGUUUUCACUAAGGAGCCCAGCAGCUCAAUCUUUAUUCUCAGAACCUUUAGAACCGUGUUAAUGUUCUGUCUCGGUUCUAAACACUUCCUUUGUGUUUUGGCUUGCACCUGAAUCUCUUCCUUCAAUGGAUCUUACUUUCCAUCCUUUUGUGCUUUUAUAUUUUCAUACGACACGGGCAGCACACAUUUUCACCACAGAGAAGAUAAGGUCUCCAGUCUACUAUGGAUGAGGAGAGAGAGGAGGAGGGUCCUAUCUCUAAGACCACUCUGUCUGGGGAACAUGGCCACCGGAGCAAAGCUAAGAGCCCAGAGCAGCAGGAGAGAGCCGACUCCCCUGGACCCAGCUGUGUCUCCAUGAAGAGUGACCGGUCUAUGGGUUUUCCUCUUAACUUUAAAGAUGGACGCCCCUUCAGAGAGGAGAGCCCAGAGCAGCAGCAGAGAGCAGACUCCCCUGGACCCAGCUGUGUCUCCAUGAAGAGUGACCGGUCUAUGGGUUUUCCUCUUAACUUUAAAGAUGGACGCCCCUCCGGAGAGGAGAGACAACCCCACCAGAGGUCAAAGGUCACCAGUGCUCAGACUGUACAGCAGUCUAUUGCGAAGAGAAGAGUCCAGCAGCAGAGAGCAGACUCCCCUGGACCCAGCUGUGUCUCCAUGAACAGUGACCGGUCUAUGGGUUUUCCUCUGAACUUUAAAGAUGGAUGCCCCUCCAGAGAGGAGAGCCCAGAGCAGCAGGAGAGAGCAGACUCCCCUGGACCCAGCUGUGUCUCCAUGAAGAGUGACCACUCUAUGGAACUUCCUUUAAAGUUUAAAGAUGGAAAUAAGUCUAUCCGGGACAUAGACCUGGACCUCGAAAGAGUCCAGCUGGAGAGAGCAGACUCCCCUGGACCCAGCUGUGUCUCCAUGAAGAGUGACCACUCUAUGAAACUUCCUUUAAAGUUUAAAGAUGGAAAUAAGUCUAUUGAAAAGAGAAGACCCAAGCAGCAGAGAGCAGACUCCCCUGGACCCAGCUGUGUGUCCAUGAAGAGUGACCACUCUAUGGAACUUCCUUUAAAGUUUAAAGAUGGAAAUAAGUCUAUUCGGAAGAGAAGAGUCCAGCCGCAGAGAGCAGACUCCCCUGGACCCAGAUGUGUCUCAAUGAAGAGUGACCACUCUAUGCGUCAUCCUCUUAGCUUUAAAGAUGGACGCCCUUCCAGAGAGGAGAGACAACCCCAACAGAGGUCAAAGGUUACCAGUGCUCAGUCUGUGCAACAGCAUCAACCAGAGCUGAUCAAGAGGGCUGAGGAGAAUGCACACGCUUUCCUAGACAAGGAGCUGAAGAAGCUCUGGAGGGAUCUCUUCUCAGAUUACCCACAAUGCUCAGAGAGUCAGAGGGAGGAGGAGGAGGAGGUGGAUGGUGAGAACGAGGAGCAGAGAAGGCGCGCCACAGAGGGAGUGGUGGACAUCACAAAGCUCUGCCUGAUGGAGAUGAACCAGGAGGAACUGGUCGACACACUGUGGGGCGGAUCUGCUGCUGUCGAGUGCGAACACAAAAUUAAGUCUCUUUUGAAGAAGAAAUUCAAGUGUGUGUCUGAGGGAAUCGCUAAAGCAGGACAGCCAACAGGUCUGAAUGACUUCUACACAGAGGUCUUCAUCACAGAGAGAGGCAGUGGAGAGGUCAACAAGGAACAUGAGGUCAGACUGAUUGAAACAGCUUCCAGGAGACCGGCCAAGGAGGAAACACCAAUAAAAUGUGAAGACAUCUUUAAACCCUUACCUGAUCAAGAUCAACCAAUCAGAACAAUUAUGACAACUGGAGUGGCGGGCAUUGGUAAAACCGUCUUAACACACAAGUUCACUCUGGACUGGGCUGAAGACAAAGCCAACCAUGACAUACACUUUACAUUUCUCUUAACUUUCAGAGAGCUGAAUUUACUGAAAGGGAAAGAGUUUAGCUUGGUGGAACUUCUUCAUCACUUCUUUAUUGAGAUCAACAAAGCAGUAAUCUGCAGAUUUGACCUGUUCCAAGUUGUCUUCAUCUUGGAUGGUCUGGAUGAGUGUCGACUUCCUCUGGACUUCCAUAACAACCAGACCUGGACUGAUGUCACAAAGCCGAGCUUAGUGGACGUGCUGCUGACAAACCUCAUCAGGGGCAACCUGCUUCCCUCCGCUCGCAUCUGGAUAACCACACGCCCUGCAGCAGCCAAUAAGAUCCCUGCUGAGUGUGUUGACAUGGUGACGGAGGUGAGAGGCUUCACCGACCCACAGAAGGAGGAGUACUUCAGGAAGAAAUUCAAAGAGGAGAAGCUGGCCAGCACAAUCAUCUCCCACGUCAAGAAAUCAAGAAGCCUCUACAUCAUGUGUCACAUCCCAAUCUUCUGUUGGAUCACUGCUGCAGUUAUGGAGGACAUCUUCAAAACAUCUAAAAGAGGAGAAGAGAUGCCCAAGACCGUGACUCAGUUGUACAUCCACUUCCUGAGGGUUCAGUCCAUGCAGGGGGACAGGAAGUAUCAUGGGAGAGCUGAAACAGAUUCACACUGGAGUUUGGAGAGCAGGGAGAUCAUUGUUUCUCUGGGAAAACUGGCUUUUAACCAGCUGAAGAAAGGCAACCUUAUCUUCUACGAGGCAGACCUGGCAGAGUAUGGCAUCGAUAUCAAAUCAGCUUCAGAGUACACAGGAGUGUUCACCCAGAUCUUUAAAGAGGAGUGUGGGCUGUACCAGGACAGGGUGUUUUGCUUUGUCCAUCUGAGCAUCCAGGAGUUUCUGGCUGCCCUUUAUGUCUUUCUGUCCUUCAUCAACAAGGGGGUCAAUCUGCUCUCAGAAGAAGCACCAACCUCUUGUGAAGAUAAACUCCACCUCUACCAGCAUGCUGUGGACAAGGCCUUAGAGAGUGAGAACGGACACCUGGACUUGUUCCUUCGCUUCCUCCUGGGCCUCUCUGUGGAGACCAAUCAGAUUGUCCUACGAGGUCUGCUGGGACAGAAAAAAAGUAGAUCACUGAUCACUAAGAUUAAGAAAGGUCUGCUGAGACAGACAGGAACUGUCUCACUGACGAAUAAGGAAACUUACAUCACAUUAGUGUCUUACAUCAAGAGGAAGAUAAAUGGAGAUCUCUCUCCAGAGAGAAGCAUCAACCUGUUCCACUGUCUAAAUGAGCUGAACGAUCUUUCUCUAGUGGAGGAGAUCCAACAGUACCUGACAUCAGGAAGUCUCUCAAGACAAUCUCUCCCCCCUGCUCAGUGGUCAGCUCUGGUCUUCAUCCUACUGACAUCAGAAGAGGAGCUGGACGUGUUUGACCUGAAAAAAUACUCUGCUUCAGAGGAGGGUCUUCUGAGGCUGCUGCCAGUAGUCAAAGCCUCCAAAACAUCUCUGUUAAAUUGCUGCAAGGUGUCAGAGAGAUGCUGUGAAGCUCUGGCCUCAGUUCUCAGCUCCAACUCCUCUAGUCUGAGAGAGCUGGACCUGAGUACCAAUGAUCUGCAGGAUUCAGGAGUGAAGCUGCUCUCUGCUGGACUGGGGAGUCCACACUGUACACUGGAAAUUCUCAGGUUAAAUGGCUGUAAGCUGUCAGAGAGAUGCUGUGAAUCUCUGGCCUCAGUUCUCAGCUCCAACUCCUCUAGUCUGAGAGAGCUGGACCUGAGUACCAAUGAUCUGCAGGAUUCAGCAGUGAAGCUGCUCUCUGCUGGACUGGGGAGUCCACACUGUACACUGGAAACUCUCAGGUUAAAUGGCUGUAAGCUGUCAGAGAGAUGCUGUGAAGCUCUGGCCUCAGUUCUCAGCUCCAACUCCUCUAGUCUGAGAGAGCUGGAGCUGAGUACCAAUGAUCUGCAGGAUUCAGGAGUGAAGCUGCUCUCUGCUGGACUGGGGAGUCCACACUGUACACUGGAAACUCUCAGGUUAAAUGGCUGUCAUCUGUCAGAGAGAUGCUGUGAAGCUCUGGCCUCAGUUCUCAGCUCCAACUCCUCUAGUCUGAGAGAGCUGGACCUGAGUACCAAUGAUCUGCAGGAUUCAGGAGUGAAGCUGCUCUCUGCUGGACUGGGGAGUCCACACUGUACACUGGAAACUCUCAGGUUAAAUGGCUGUGAGCUCUCAGAGAGAUGCUGUGAAGCUCUGGCCUCAGUUCUCAGCUCCAACUCCUCUAGUCUGAGAGAGCUGGACCUGAGUACCAAUGAUCUGCAGGAUUCAGGAGUGAAGCUGCUCUCUGCUGGACUGGGGAGUCCACACUGUACAUUGGAAACUCUCAGGUUAAAUGGCUGUAAUCUGUCAGAGAGAUGCUGUGAAGCUCUGGCCUCAGUUCUCAGCUCCAACUCCUCUAGUCUGAGGGAGCUGGACCUGAGUGCCAAUGAUCUGCAGGAUUCAGGAGUGAAGCUGCUCUCUGCUGGACUGGGGAGUCCACACUGUACACUGGAAACUCUCAGGUUAAAUGGCUGUAAGCUGUCAGAGAGAUGCUGUGAAGCUCUGGCCUCAGUUCUCGGCUCCAACUCCUCUAGUCUGAGAGAGCUGGACCUCAGUACCAAUGAUCUGCAGGAUUCAGGAGUGAAGCUGCUCUCUGCUGGACUGGGGAGUCCACACUGUACACUGGAAACUCUCAGGUUAAAUGGCUGUAAACUGUCAGAGAGAUGCUGUGAAGCUCUGGCCUCAGUUCUCAGCUCCAACUCCUCUAAUCUGAGAGAGCUGGACCUGAGUACCAAUGAUCUGCAGGAUUCAGGAGUGAAGCUACUCUCUGCUGGACUGGAGAGUCCACACUGUAUACUGGAAACUCUCAGGUUAAAUUGCUGUAAGCUGUCAGAGAGAUGCUGUGAAGCUCUGGCCUCAGUUCUCAGCUCCAACUCCUCUAGUCUGAGAGAGCUGGACCUGAGUACCAAUGAUCUGCAGGAUUCAGGAGUGAAGCUGCUCUCUGCUGGACUGGGGAGUCCACACUGUACACUGGAAACUCUCAGGUUAAAUGGCUGUAAUCUGUCAGAGAGAUGCUGUGAAGCUCUGGCCUCAGUUCUCAGCUCCAACUCCUCUUGUCUGAGAGAGCUGGACCUGAGUACCAAUGAUCUGCAGGAUUCAGGAGUGAAGCUGCUCUCUGCUGGACUGGGGAGUCCACACUGUACACUGGAAACUCUCAGGCUGAAUGGCUGUCAUCUGUCAGUGAGAUGCUGUGAAGCUCUGGCCUCAGUUCUCAGCUCCAACUCCUCUAGUCUGAGAGAGCUGGACCUGAGUACCAAUGAUCUGCAGGAUUCAGGAGUGAAGCUGCUCUCUGCUGGACUGGGGAGUCCAGACUGUACACUGGAAACUCUCAGGUUAAAUGGCUGUGAGCUGUCAGAGAGAUGCUGUGAAGCUCUGGCCUCAGUUCUCAGCUCCAACUCCUCUAGUCUGAGAGAGCUGGACCUGAGAACCAAUGAUCUGCAGGAUUCAGGAGUGAAGCUGCUCUCUGCUGGACUGGGGAGUCCACACUGUACACUGGAAACUCUUAGGUUAAAUGGCUGUAAGCUGUCAGAGAGAUGCUGUGAAGCUCUGGCCUCAGUUCUCAGCUCCAACUGCUCUAGUCUGAGAGAGCUGGACUUGAGUACCAAUGAUCUGCAGGAUUCAGGAGUUAAGCUGCUCUCUGCUGGACUGAGGAGUCCACACUGUACACUGGAAUCUCUCAGGCUGUCUGGCUGCCUAGUCACACAGGAAGGCUGUGCUUCUCUGGCCUCAGCUCUGAGCUCCAACCCCUCCCAUCUGAGAGAGCUGGACCUGAGCUACAAUCACCCAGGAGUCUCUGGAGCUGCGCUGCUCUCUGCUGGACUGGAGGAUCCACACUGGAGACUGGACACUCUCAGUGUGGAGCACGGUGGAGUGUGGAGGCUGAAACCAGUUCCACAGAGGUAUGCCUGUGAACUCACACUGGACCCGAACACGGCCAACAGAUACCUCUCUCUGUCUGAGGACAACAGGAAGGUGACGGUGGUUGAAGAGGACCAGCCGUAUCCGGAUCACCCAGAGAGAUUUGACUCCUGGUUCCAGGUGUUAGGUAGAGAGGCUCUGACUGGCCGCUGUUACUGGGAGGUAGAGUGGAAGGGACGUGUUGUUAUAGGAGUGACAUACAGAGGAAUCCCAAGGAGAGGACGGGGUGAUGACUGCAGGUUUGGAGGGAACAACAAGUCCUGGACUCUUUAUUGUGAGGAUGAAAGUUACUCUGCCCAGUACAACGGUAGAACAACAGCCCUCCCUCUCCGCGCCGCUGGCUCUACCAGAGUAGGAGUGUAUCUGGACCGGCCUGCUGGCUCUCUGUCCUUCUACAGAGUGUCCCCAGGUGGAGGAGGGUCCUCAGACACACUGACACACCUCCACACCUUCUGGUCCUCCUUCACCCAGGAGGACCUCCUCCCUGGGGUUGGGUUAGGGUGGGGGUCCUCCUCAGUGUCUCUGUGUCGGUUGUAGAAAAAAACAACAUACAGACGGGGGGAGGGCGGGCGCACACACACACUCACACAGACACACACACAUACACAUAUACACACAUACACACACACACACAUACACUUACACUUACACAUACAUACACAUACACACAUGCACCUACACUGCUUUUGUGUUAGAGGAUGAGUUGGUUUUGAUGAAGGGACUUUGGUGGCCUUGAGGAUCGAUGACUCAGUGUCUUUCUGGCAGUUAUAGUCUCUCGUUCGCUCUCUCUCUCUCUCUCUCUCUCUCUCUCUCUCUCUCUCUCUCUCUCUCUUUCUCUCUCUCUCUCUCUCUCUCUCUCUCUCUCUCUCUCUCUCUCUCUCUCUCUCUCUCUCUCUCUCUCUCUCUCUCUCUCUCUCUCUCUCUCUCUCUCUCUCUCUCUCUCUCUCUCUCUCUCUCAUUCUUCAUUCAAGACAAUCAUUAUUUGAUAUGUAUAUAAAAUGGUAAAUGUUUGUAUAUUUUUAGACGUCACCAGUUCUGGUCUUAAGGGCUCUGAUAUCAUCAUUUUGGUCAUAAACCUGACAAGAAACCUGAUUUAAAGCAGUUUUUAUAAAGCAGGUUAUUACUGUUCACAAUAACCAAGAGGUUUAUGGGAUAAUGUUGCAUGUUGUAAAUUACUUUAAGCUGAAUCUUUUUUUGUGUUCUGUUGGGAUCCAAACGGCCGCAGAAUAUGUUCAGCAGUGAUGGGAAUAACGGCGUUAUAAAUAACGGCGUUACUUUUUUCAGUAACGAGUAAUUUGACGCAUUACUCUUCCCAUCAUUAUAACGCUGUUACCCUUACUUCCAAAAAAUGCGGCGCGUUACUAUAAUCAAAGCAGGUUUUUCAUCAGACUAGAUCUCGCUCUCUCUCUUUACUGUUCUUCCUUGGUUAGUGGGUGGGUACGAGACUAUCGCAUUAAUGAUAACGAUUGGCUGAGGUAGAGUGACAUGUCAUGGUAAGCCAAUCAGAGGUAGAGUUGGGCGGGUGUUUAAACACAUUCAAAAGCACGCAUAGUCGGACACACGACGACACAAGUGAGUCAACUGAAACAGGAAUGGCGAGCCCAAAUAAUCCUUCUUUAAAUGGAAGUAUAGUAUAGACAUUACUUUUCCCUCCAAGAAAUGAAAGGAACGUGUGUAAUCGUGAAAUGCACAUUAUGCCACGUCGGUGUCAGGUAAUUCAAACAUCUUUCAACGUUGCAUGCUUCCGUGCAUUCCAUGCUUCAGUGCAUGAACGUGCACAUGUAUAUUGAGUUCCGUUAAAGGGGGGUGGGUGUGGAUGUGGGUUCUAAAUUAUUUGACACAUUUGAUCAUUUAAAAAAAAUGACUUGAAAGGAACGCAAUAGUUACUUGCCACAGUAACUAGUUACUUUCAGAAUUUGUAACAGAGUAACUACUUUAGUUACUUUUUGGGAGAAGUAACUAGUAACUGUAACUAAUUUCUACUUAACCGACACUGAUAUUCAGUUAUUAAAGAUAUAUGCACACCAUGAUUUGUAAUGUCUGUUGCUUUUAUUGUUGUAGUCCUUGUGUUUAUUGUGUACAUGUAAGGGAGUAUUUUUCUGUUGUUUUUGUUAAUGAAGCAUAAUUGUAAUAAACAAAUCAGUGGAUCCAA